AUGAUCGUCAAGUUUAUUUGUGCGACCAUCACAAGGUCACUUUUUAUUUUGGUUUCACUUAUGGGAGUUUGGAGAGUGACCCAUGUGAAGAAUGAUAAACUCUACUGGCUUCUCACCAUCCUAUCCCUGCUACUUGUAGUUGAAAUGAUUAUAACCCUGAAGAGAAGAAAUGGAAGCGGCUACAAAUGGUUUUCCCCCGCUAUUGUCCUGUUUCUUCUUAGCAUCAUUCCAACCAUAUGGAUUUUAGAGUUUCAUCACCAACACCACAAAUCUGAGGAGAAGAAGUGUGGCCAUCUGGAUUCUCCGGAGAGCAUCGAGAAAAUGAUGAACGACUGGAAGAACUCAUCUAAUCAGAACUCAUCUAAUACGACGCAGAUGCAGAUGCUCCCCUCGGUGUGUGCCAACGACUGGAUCCUGGCGCUGCACCAGAUGAUGCUCAUCCUGCUGAUCGUGGGGAAGUGGCUUCUGCCCAGUGGCGUCGGGGUCACUCGUGACCAGCUCUCUCAGCUGCUGCUGGUCUUCGUGGGCAUUGCCGCCGACAUCCUGGAGUUCACCAGCGAGACGCUGUCCGAUCUCAAGCAGAGCAGCCCUCAUAUGGUUUAUAUCAUCCUGGCCGUGUGGACUUGGAGCAUGUUGCAGUUCCCUCUCAAUCUAUCAGUGAUGACCUCAGAUCCAGAGGGCUACGCUGCUCCGGAGAACUCCAUCCUUUCCCGCCACGGCGCCGACAUCUGGCAGGUCGUGGAGAGCCUCUUCAUCAUGGACGGGCCCUUCCUGGUCGUGCGCCUCACCGUCAUGUUCCACUUCGGCAUUGUCCAUCAGAUGCUCAUCUUCUUCACCAUCAAGAACUUCCUGGUGGUCAUCCUCAACUUCUACCGCCUCCACAUUAUCUGCCAAGACUACAAAUCAUCCAUGUGAGUCACUGAGAGACAUGUGAGUAAAUCAAAGGACCAGCCGGAGGAGCCAACACUGAUUGGUACACACACUCUCAAAGAUUUUUAGUGCUGUUGGGAAUAAACAUCGAAUUUCCAACGAAUAUGCAGUCAAUAUAAUUAUUUGUUUGCCAUGUAGAUGCCAGAGGUCAAUUAGGGGAAGAUCGUGUGCAAAUUACCUCUCUGGGGAACUUUAGAACAUGAUACACAAAUGUCCAAAGACCAAUGACUUGAAAGGACCUAAACAAUUUGAAAUCUGAGUUUCUGAGUAAAUCUGAGUAAAGUGAAACAA